AUGAGGCCAUUGCGGAGCUGGAGGAGGAGGAACCGAGGCAUCACCCUGGGACUCUUCGCCCUCUGCCUGGCCGCAGCCCGCUGCCUGCAAAGCCAGGGAGUAUCACUGACCAUUCCGCAGCCCAACAUCAAUGCCACUGUGGCCCAAAACAUUGUCCUCUCCAUCGACUAUUCCUGCCAUGGCGUGCCUACCAUUGAGUGGAAAUACACAUCUUACUGGGGGAUGCAAAAGAUCGUGGAGUGGCAACCUGGAAACCAAGCCAACAUCUCCCAAAGCCACAAGAAUCGAGUCUGUACUUACGACAAUGGCUCCAUCGAGCUCUUCAAGGUAGGCGUGAGGGACACAGGCUACUACACAGUCACUGUGACCGAAGGACUCGGAAGCAGCCAGUUUGGCACCAUUGUAUUACACGUGUCUGAGAUUCUCUACGAAGAUCUACAUUUUGUGGCAGUCGUCCUGGCUUUUUUGGGUACUGUGGCCACAGUGUUAAUCAGCCUCAUGUGGGUCUGUAAUAAGUGUUCAUACAAAUUCCAGAGGAAGAGGAGACACAAACUGAAAGAAAGCACAACUGAAGAGAUUGAGCUACAAAAUAUUGACUGUUAG